GAAUUACUCUCAACAGGAAACAACAAUCAUAAACAGAGAAAGAAAGUAUAAAACCCUCGAAGCCUCAGAAAAGUUGAGUAUUUUCCAAAAAGCAAUUUACACAAAAAGUUUUGAGAAACAAUAAAGAAUGUGGCACCUGAAUUCUCUGUCUCCUUCUGAGCUGGUUCAAUCUCAAACCUUUGCAAACUAGCAAUAUCCUGUCCUAAAAAAUCAAAAGUUCAGAAUCUUGAAAACUAUCUUACCUCCCCCACCAUAAUGAAAGCAAACCCCAAACCUGGUUUGCUUAUACAGGCAAAUGCAACAUGAAGAUAUAAUCAGUAAAACUAAACCUGAUUUUAAAAAAAGAAGCGUUUAUUCUGAAGACAAGGUUUUGACUAAUCAGAGACUAUCAUCACUUGUCUGCUGCCUAAGUGAUUGCGGAAAAGUAUAUAAAUUACAACCCCCAAAACCACCUUUUCCCCUCCCCCCUUUCUGCACUCCUCCCCCCUCACUCGCUAUCAUGUUUUUAAGGAAGACCUUGAGGGCGAGGGUUAGGGGAAGCUCAGAGCCUCCCUCAGAGCGGGGAUGGGGACAGCUUGGCCAGAAAUGGAACUCACCCAGUUUUCCCCCGUGACUACAGUAACUUUCAACUACAACUACUACUACUACUACUACGAUGACAACUGCCCGUAUCAGAACCUGCAGCAUAUGUCUACUUUCCUCCCUAUCCUGUACACUGCUCUGUUCCUGGUGGGCAUUGUGGGCAACUCCAUCCUGAUAGCAGCCUUGGUCUUGAAGCGACGGGUCCAGAGGCUGAUUGACAUCUUUAUCAUCAACCUCGCUGCAUCUGACUUCAUCUUCCUCAUUACACUUCCACUCUGGGUGGACAAGGAGGCAUCAGACGGGAGCUGGAGAGUAGGAGCUUUCCUCUGUAAGACUAGUUCCUAUGUCAUCUCAGUCAACAUGUACUGCAGCAUCCUCCUCCUCACUUGCAUGAGUGCUGACCGGUACCUCGCUAUCAUGCAUCCCUCUAUUGCUAGACGGCUCAGAACAAGAUCCUAUUGCAGUGGACUGUGCAUCUGUGUCUGGUUAGUAUCCUGCUGCUUAGGAAUGCCAACCCUUUUGUCCAGAGAACUGAAGAAGCACUAUGGAAAGACUUACUGCACAGACAAAGCCGUGACAGAAGCCAAGCAGAUUAUGUCACUGAUGCUUUUAAUCCUGGCCUUCUUCUUCCCACUGUUGAGUAUCUUAACCUUUUACUGCUCCAUCACCAAAAGACUCUGUGUGCAUUAUCAGAGAACUGGGAAACAUGAUAAGAAACUGAGAAAAUCCAUCAAGAUUGUCUCCAUUGUAGUAGCAGCUUUUGUUAUCUCCUGGGUUCCCUUCAAUCUUUUCAAGCUUAUGGCCAUCCUUUUGGGACUCAUGAAGCAGCCUGAUUGUUUUCCUGACAUGGUUGCCCAGCUGGGUAUGAAGGUGAGCAGCCCUUUUGCUUUUGCCAAUAGCUGUGCCAACCCUUUCAUUUACUAUUGCUUUGACAACUACAUUCGCAGAGCCAUGCUUCGGUGCCUGUGCCCAUGGGUGAAAAGCAGCAGCAGUGGCAGCAACUUGGAUACUCUGGACACUCGCCUGAGCCACUCCUUAUCCAAUUUUAUUGCCGGGGAGAAUGCUGCUAGGAAGAGGAAGCGCUCUGUGUCCCUCUGACAGGGAGGUGGGACUGCAGAGGAAGGAACUUCUCUCUCCAAAGACAGCAGGCAAAGAAUAAAGUGAGAGAAGCUGAAAACAAAAGGAGAGAUUAACGACAAAGGUGCAAAUGUAAUGCAGCUGGCACUUCAGGUAGGAGGAACUGCUUCCCUUUAAAUGCAGAUCGAUGGAAUAGGAAACGUUAACCACAGAUUAGGGUUCACAGUGAUCGCUGUGUCACUGAAUCAUGUAAAGCCGAAACCAUUGUGCCAAUAAAUAUCCACAAAUGCUUAUACCAGAACCCCAGCACAAGUGCUACAAACUAAGAAGAAUCAUGUGACUCAGAUAAAGCUGCUGUAAGGCAAGCUUUGAACUUUUAUAUAUAGAUAUAGAU